UGAGCGAGCCUCCAUGCUGGUGAUCUUGUUGAACUGCGUCACUCUGGGGAUGUUCCAACCCUGUGAGGACCACGACUGCGAGUCGGAACGAUGCAAGAUCCUGGAGGACUUUGAUGACUUUAUCUUUGCGUUCUUUGCGGUGGAGAUGGUCAUCAAGAUGGUGGCGCUGGGCAUCUUCGGCAAGAAGUGUUAUCUAGGAGACACCUGGAACAGGCUCGACUUCUUUAUCGUACUGGCCGGAAUGCUGGAGUACUCUCUGAACCUGCAAAACGUGAGUUUCUCAGCGGUGAGAACGGUUCGAGUUCUGAGACCCCUCCGAGCCAUCAACAGAGUACCUAGUAUGCGUAUCCUGGUGACCCUGCUACUGGACACCCUGCCCAUGCUGGGGAACGUCCUGCUGCUCUGUUUCUUUGUCUUCUUCAUCUUCGGCAUCGUGGGCGUGCAGCUGUGGCUGUGGGCGGGGCUACUGAGGAACCGCUGCUUCCUGCCUGAGAACUUCUCACUUCCUCAGUCCGUCGAGCUAGGCAACUAUUACCACACGGAGAACGAUGACGAGAACCCCUUCAUCUGCUCCAUGCCCAGGGAGAARGGCAUGCGUCUGUGUUCCUCUGUGCCCARCCUGUAUGAGGAGGGAGGUCUCCAGUGUCAGAUGGACAUGAACUCCUACAACAGCACAGACAACACCACCUGCAUCAACUGGAACCAGUACUACAGUAACUGCUCGGCGGGAAACGUCAACCCCUUCAAAGGGGCCAUCGAACUUUGAUAACAUCUGUACGCCUGGAUCGCCAUCUUUCAGGUUGAUCACGCUGGAGGCUGGGUGGACAUCAUGUACUUUGUGAUGGACUCUCACUCCUUCUACAACUUCAUCUACUUCAUCCUCCUCAUCAUCAUUGGCUCUUUCUUCAUGAUCAACCUGUGUCUGGUCGUCAUCGCCACCCAGUUCAGUGAGACCAAGCAGAGGGAGAGCCAGCUGAUGAAGGAACAGCGCAUCCGUUUCCUGUCCAACGCUAGUACCCUGGCCUCCUUCUCCGAGCCGGGCUCCUGCUACGACGAGCUGCUUAAACUCCUGGUCCACGUCAUCCGCAAGGGGUGCAGGCAAGUGGCCCAUGUCUGUCGGGCCUUGAUGCGCCGUGCUGGGAUGAACAUCGCAGCCUCUCCCCGCCCUGGAGCAGAGAGGGGGAGCCAGAGAAGGAGGAAGGAAAGGCUUCCAGACAGGCGUUCUGUGGUCUCCAGAAAAGGGUCUAUUGUCCGUUCAUUCACGUUGGUUCACCAACAUCACAUCAUCUAUCAUGCACUAUCACCUAGUGACAUGGGUAAUGUGAGGGGGACUAGGGGGCAGGGGGGUGGAGGGGGUCGGGGGAGGAGGGGCGGACGGGAGACGGGUUCACAUAGCAACAACGGUGGCGCUUGGACGGGCUCAUGUUGGGUCCUCCUCCAUCGACUCUCUGACCUGAACUUGGCGACCCCGGUGUCACCAGCCAAUCCCGCGCUGGGCAUCAUGUGCCACACAGACUGCCACCUGGAGCCCACCACCCCCACUACCCUCACCCCUACCCCUAGCCCCUUCUCCCUGGCACCCAUCCCCAUGUCCAGGGCUAUGAAGAGGAACUCAGUGCCCUUUGCUGCCCCCGGACCUAAGAACUACCCCACCCUACAGCCAAGGGCGCUAAUGGAGUCUAGAAGUGGCAGUGUUACAGCUAGUACCAUCAGUAAUAUAAACCUCAACCUCAAUAUACCACCACUAACCUUGGAGAGGGGACCACAGAGUCUGGUGGACACACACACACCCACGCCAGCCCAGCUAUCCAGCCGUGACCUGAGUGUCGUCGGAACCCUGGAACCCUCGUUCCCCUUUGACCCUGAGUCAUGCCCAUACUGUGCCAAGGCCCUAGCAGGAGAGUCAGAGGGCACGGACGGAAACGACAACCCCGGGGACUCAGACAGCGAGGGCAUCUACGAGUUCACCCAGGACCUCCACCACAGGGACCGCAGGGACCGUCAGCCCAGGAAGGGGCAGCGAAAGCUGGGUACCACAGCAGGGCGAGUGGUCCGGGCCUGGAGGCUGGUGUGUGACACCUUUAGGAAGAUAGUCGACAGCAAGUACUUUGGAAGAGGGAUCAUGAUCGCCAUUCUGAUUAAUACACUGAGUAUGGGGAUCGAAUACCACGAACAGCCUGAUGAGCUGACCAAUGCGUUGGAGAUCAGUAACAUAGUGUUCACCAGUCUGUUUGCCUUGGAGAUGUUACUCAAGGUGUUGGUCUAUGGGCCAUUCGGAUACAUCAAAAAUCCCUACAACAUUUUUGACGGAAUCAUAGUAGUCAUCAGUGUAUGGGAGAUCGUGGGUCAGCAGGGCGGUGGUCUGUCUGUGUUGCGUACCUUCAGGCUGAUGCGGGUGUUGAAGCUCGUGCGCUUCAUGCCCGCUCUGCAGAGYCAGCUGGUGGUGCUGAUGAAGACCAUGGACAACGUGGCCACCUUCUGCAUGCUACUCAUGCUCUUCAUUUUCAUCUUCAGUAUCCUGGGCAUGCAUCUGUUUGGCUGUAAGUUUGGAUCAGAGAGAGAUGGAGACACUCUACCAGACAGGAAGAACUUUGACUCUCUGCUCUGGGCCAUCGUCACUGUGUUUCAGAUCCUAACUCAAGAGGACUGGAACAAGGUGCUGUAUAAUGGUAUGGCUUCCACCACUCCUGUGGCUGCUCUCUACUUCAUCGCCCUCAUGACCUUUGGGAACUACGUCCUCUUCAACCUGCUGGUGGCCAUCUUGGUCGAAGGCUUUCAGACUGAGGGCGAAGAAUCCAAAUCAGUGUCGGAGGCAGAUUUAUCCUCGAGGAGUAUGGAGGACGUGAACGGCAGUAGAAAGGAUGUGUCUGGCUCCCCGGUCCCAAUAAACGGUCAUGUUGACCUGAAGAACAGUCUGACCCCUCCUCUGAUUACCCAUACUGCUGCCACCCCCAUGCCCGUUCCCAAGCUGCCCGCCGUGGGUGACCCUGCCCUGGGUUACGAAUCCCGACGCGGCAGCAAUGUCUCCAUGGACCUAGCCUCCUACGACAAGUCUCCGACCAGUGCCCGUAGCACCUCACCUUACGCCCCGUGGUGCUCUGCCAGUGGCUGGACCAGCCGUCGAUCGAGCUGGAACAGCGUAGGCCGUGCCCCCUCGCUCAAACGGACAAAGCUUCAGUCUGGCGAACGGCGGUCGCUCCUCUCCGGCGAGGGAGGGUCCAGUUCGGAGGAUGAGGAGGGGGGAGGAGGGGGGACAUCGGAGGGGGACGAUGCAUCCCUGUGUCGUACUAACUCCAUGUCCCAGUCCCAGCCCAGACACAGGAGGAUGGAGUCGGUGGAGACCAGGGGGUCCAUAGACCUGGCCCCCGACACACUGCUACAGGUGCCCUACCUGUAUCGCUCAGCCAGUAUGCACAGCUCCAGACCCCCCUCGCUAGGAGGCCUGAGAGCCCCAGAACACAGUGACUGUAAUGGGAAGGGUACUUCGGCCCCUGGCGGGGCCCUGGCCCCUACACAGCUCUCCCUGGAGGACAACACGGAGGACGACGCAGCAGAGGAGGAGGUGGUCGUGGGUCAUUUUGCCAGGCUGUUAUGCUGGCUGGACAGGAAACAGCCAGAGUGGUGUCGACAGAGAGAUACCUGGUCCCUGUACAUAUUACCCCCAGACUCCAGGUUUCGGAUGGCGUGCAAUAAGAUAAUAACCCACAAGAUGUUUGACCACAUUGUUCUGGUCAUCAUCUUCCUCAACUGCAUCACCAUCGCCAUGGAGAGGCCGAGGAUAGACCCAUACAGCGUGGAGCGUAUCUUCCUCACGUUAUCCAACUACAUCUUCACAGCGAUCUUCGUGGCUGAGAUGACAGUCAAGGUGGCUGCACUGGGCUGGUUACUUGGUGAUAAGACCUACCUGAGGAGCAGCUGGAACAUUCUAGAUGGGAUUUUAGUGAUGAUCUCAGCCAUAGAUAUCCUGGUCUCGUUGGUAUCGAACAGCAGCCCCAAGAUACUGGGCAUGCUCAGAGUGCUGCGCUUGCUACGGACGCUCAGGCCACUACGUGUGAUCAGCAGGGCGCCAGGUCUGAAGCUGGUAGUGGAGACUCUGAUGUCGUCUCUGAAGCCUAUAGGGAACAUCGUGGUCAUCUGCUGCGCUUUCUUCAUCAUCUUUGGUAUCCUGGGAGUACAGCUCUUCAAGGGGAAGUUCUUUGCAUGUCAGGGAGAUGACGUGAGAAACAUCACCAACAAGUCAGACUGUAUAAUUGCCAACUACAAAUGGGUUAGACAGCAGUACAACUUUGAUAACCUGGCACAGGCUCUGAUGUCUCUCUUCGUGCUGGCUUCUAAGGAUGGUUGGGUGGAUAUCAUGUAUGAUGGAUUAGAUGCAGUGGGAGUCAACCAACAGCCACAGCUGAACUACAACCCAUGGAUGCUCCUCUACUUCAUCUCCUUCCUGCUCAUCGUCAGCUUCUUCGUGCUCAACAUGUUCGUGGGCGUGGUGGUGGAGAACUUCCACAAGUGCCGGCGCAGCCAGGAGGCCGAGGAGGCUAAGCGCAGGGAGGAGAAGAGACUGAAACGGAUGGAGAAAAAGAGACGGAAAGCUCAGAGUAAGCCUUACUACUCGGAUUACUCCCCCACUCGUCUCCUCAUCCACAAGAUGUGCACCUCCCAGUAUCUGGACCUCUUCAUUACCAUUGUCAUCGCACUCAAUGUCAUCACCAUGGCGAUGGAACACUAUCAGCAGCCAAAGCCGAAAGGUGAUUCGUGGAACCAGCUGGACCUGGCCAUAGUGUUGUUGUCCAUCAUGGGCAUCACUCUGGAGGAGAUUGAGGUCAACGCAUCCCUGCCCAUCAACCCUACUAUCAUCCAGAUCUCUCGCUGUGUGUGUGUGUCCUCAGUGCUGAAGCUACUGAAGAUGGCAGUGGGGAUGAGAGCGUUGCUGGACACUGUCAUGCAGGCUCUGCCUCAGGUAAAGGUUGGGCGCUACGCUACGUUUAAGAACUUUGGCACCUUCCUACUGCUGUUCAGAGUUUCCACGGGAGACAACUGGAACGGCAUUAUCCAGGACACCCUGCGAGACUGUCAACAGGAGAAUGCAGGCACCUGUUACAACACGGUGGUCUCUCCUAUCUACUUUGUCUCCUUUGUGCUGACUGCCCAGUUUGUCCUGGUCAACGUGGUCAUAGCCGUCCUCAUGAAGCACCUGGAGGAGAGCAACAAAGAGGCCAAGGAGGAGGCAGAGCUGGAGGCUGAACUAGAGCUGGAGCUCCAGCAUGGAGGAAGGGGAGGGGGAGGCAGUGGGAGAUCACCCCAGCUAAGCCCUCUGGCCCUGGGCAUGGAGGAGGGAUCUGGGGGCUCCCCCUGGAGGUCUCCAGAGAGGGAGAUCCAGAAGAGGGGCAAUGUGAUGGAUUCUCCCCCAGCAGAUAUCACUAGAAGAGACUCCAUACACAUCAGCACUGAUCCUCCGCUAGGCCAGGAGCCACCACUAGAGGUGGAGUUACUUGAUCCUGUGGAGCCGUUGGAGGACAACCUGUUGAGUGUACGGAAGUCAGCGGUGGGCCGCACCCACUCCCUACCAAACGACAGCUACAUGUUCCUGCCUCUGGAGCCCUUCGGACCCCCAGGAGCCGGCCUGGCUCCUGGCUUAGCUCCAGUACUGACACAGGCUACAGGGCCACAGCACAUAGAGGCACUUAACAGGGCUCUGUCAGGGUCCAGGACCUCGGUACGGUCCCAACCAGAGGAGAGCUCCCAGCAGUUGGCUGUUCCUACAGACUUCUUCAGACCCAUCAGUCCUCACAGCCUCUCAGACUCAGAGAAUAUACCCCGACUACCCCCGCCACGGCACACACACACACUCAGCCGCACGCUCCGCAGACAGGUGGCAGUAUCUAAUGAUUCCCAGGAGGCUCUGUGGUCUGACGGAGGGGAGGGUGAGGAGGGGGUCCUAAAUGUAGCUUCCCUAGCCCUCCCCCUUUCCUCCUCCUCCUCCUCCUCUUCCUCAUCCUCCCAUCCUCACCAGCAGCCUUCUCUCCGGCUGUUCCCUGCCACCCCAGGGGCGUCCCCUCAACGGUCGCGCCCCAGUAGUGUUCACACCCAACACCCCUUCUCAAACCACGACCAGCACCACCUCUCCUCCUCACCCAACUCCCCCUCCUCCCUCUCCUCACCCCCUCCUCCCCUCCCCUCCGCUCGCCCCUGGAGACAGGAAGAGGCCUCGGCAGACCACGAAGUGUCGCUCAUCAACCGGGCGGGGCUGGCGGGGAGUGAGGAUGUCACCGGUGUCGGACUGGGGUCAGAGGUCGGAGGUCUCGAGGGCAGUUACCAAGGUUAUGAGGUUGGUCGUGGUGAGGGUAGCCGGCCGUGCCUGAGGCAGCUGAAGAGGUUCCACAGCGCUGACGCCCAGGGGCGGAGCAUUCUAGCGUCCCGGCCACGCCCCCUGUCCUGGUUGGACGAUCCUCGGCGCCACUCAGUGGAGGUGUGUUCGUCUGUAGAGUCCAGCCCCCAGCGCAGCACUACGUCCACGUCCUCGGGGUUUGUCUCCCGAGCAGACAGCCUCCAGAUCCAUUCCCAGACCACAACAAAGACCCUGCCCUCUCCCCGACGCAAGAAGAAAAUGAGCCCCCCGUGUAUCUCCGUAGAUCCCCCUGAUGGACUGGAGGCCCAAUCCGGCCUCCACCCUACCCUGGGAGGUUUGGGGGGCCUAGGGAUGCCCCCUCCCUUACCCAGCCGGGAUACCUCCUGUCUGAGGAGACGGGCUCCCUCCAGUGACUCCAAGGACUCCUUUGACCUCGGGGCAGGGGAGGGGCUGGGCCAGGAGGGAGGGGGGCCCAACCCCAAGCUGUUGACUCUGCCCAGCUUCUCCUUCGAGAAGACAAGCUCUGAGCACUGAACACUCACACACACUGAUGUACACACACUCACUAACACACACACACACACACACACACAC